AUGUCUCUCGGAAAGAAGGUCACUCUCAACACCGGUGCUCAGAUCCCUCAGCUGGGUUUCGGUACCUGGCAAUCUGCCCCCGGUCAGGUCGGUGAGGCUGUCUACCACGCUCUGAAGGCUGGUUACCGUCACCUGGAUCUCGCGACUAUCUACCAGAAUCAACGUGAAGUCGCGCAGGGUAUCAAGAGAGCCUUCCAGGACAUCCCCGGCCUCAAGCGUGAGGACCUCUUCAUCACAUCCAAGCUAUGGAACAGCCAGCAUCACCCCGACGAUGUUGAGAAGGCUCUCGAUGACUGCCUUGCUGAGCUCGAACUCGACUAUCUAGACGCCUACUUAGUACACUGGUCUACCUCAUUUAAGCGUGGCGACGAGUACUUCCCUCUCGUCAAGGACAGCCCUAUCCCCGAGGGCGAUGUCGAAAUCGAUGACAGCAUUUCCAUUGUUGACACCUGGAAGGCCAUGAUCAAGCUCCCCAAGAGCAAGGUCCGCGCCGUCGGUGUUUCCAACCACACAGUUGAGCAUCUCGAGGCCAUCAUCAAGGCCACUGGUGUUGUUCCCGCUGUCAACCAGAUCGAACGCCACCCUCGUCUGCAGAGCAACGAGCUGAUUGCCUACUGCAAGGAGAAGGGCAUCCAUGUCACUGCCUACUCGGCCUUUGGUAACAACAUGCUCGGUCUCCCUCUCCUGAUCGCCAGCGACGAGGUCAAGGCGGUUGCUGCCGACGUUUCCAAGAGACUCGGCCAGGAAGUCUCCCCCGCUCAGGUCAUCCUCGCCUGGUCUCAGGUCGGUGGCCACAGUGUCAUUCCGAAGAGCGUGACCCCAGAACGCAUCAGAUCUAAUUUCCAGGAGAUCGAGCUUACUCCCGAGGAAGUCGAGAGGGUGUCUGCUCUCGGCAAGCAGCCCCGCCGCUUCAACAUCCCCUACAUUGCCAACAAGCCUCGCUGGGAUAUCAACAUCUUCGGCGAGGAGGAGGAGAAGCCCGCCACCCACAAGGUUAUUAUGUAA